UAACCAAUAAUUCUGACUUUAGGUAUUAUUUUUAAUGACAUUUGCAUGCUUGAUCAUUGUUUUAUAUAGAGAGUCAGGUUUAGCAUGACUGUGGGAACUAUUAAAAAAAAUUAUAGUUUGCAAAAUUUAUGAUGUUACCAUCAAGGUAUGCAAUCUGAAUUUUCUAUAAAGGUUAUUUUGAGUUUGCAGCCCCAUUGAUUAAAUUCCGCCUCAGACUUUACUAGUGGGCGGAUUCCCGCGCUUUACUAUUACGUCACUCCACGAGCAGGCCUGAGCUAAAUACGGAUACCGAUGGGAUCUAAGUGGAAUAACAUCUAUAAUCAGAUGCGACUUUUAACUUACACACGUGGCUGUACACGUCUACGCGGUGAUGUGACACGGAAACAUUUCGUCAUCCUCUCCUCCAUGUAGACAGCACCAUGCCCUUGGAGGAGGGACCACAAUCCUCUGCUAAAAAAGCAGAGAGGCGUCCAGCUGACAUGUCCGGCAGGACUAGUAGAGGAGAAGAGCCUGUUGCUGGUCCUUCCUGCUCCCAAAGACAGGGUUACUGCAGCUGCUGUCAAGUUCUGUACAAUAGUGUGGAACAGCACAUCUUGAGUGCCCAACAUAGAGAAGUGGUACGAGCUGCUAGAGCUAAUGUUUCUUCUGGAAGUUUGUUAGAGAGAUUCCUCCAGGAUGUGCUUCAGCAUCAUCCUCAUCGCUACAGUGAUACACGGCCUACCCAUGCUGAUCUACCUUUGUUGAACACCCCACUUGUCCCAAAUGAGGUGCUCUCAGAGGUGUACUGCGGAUCAGAUGAUGAUGGUGUCUCUGUUGGGACACGUGAGGAGAUGCCUACCUCUGAUGAAGAGUCAUGUGAAAUGCUGCAAAUUGCAGCCUCAACUCCAGCAGUGAUGACUGACCUUACUGCAUCUACACACAUACAAACCACUUUCCAAAUAGGAAAAAUGGUACCUGAGCCACCUCCCUCUGAAAAGUACUCCCCCACACAGGGUUUUUUGCACAGGACUAGUGGCAGUUCUGCCAAUGACAAGCCACAUGCAUCACAACUUACACUACCUGUUCAGGGACACAGCUCACAAACACAGCGCUCUGUACAUCCCUGUGCUUCAGAGGGUCCACCAGUUGCCAAGACUGGAGUUGAUGAACACAGGAAAGCGCACAAGAAGACCAAUAGGGAUAAAGAGGGGAGGGACUCCAUUAUAGCUUCCUGUGCCCCACCAGCUGCAAAGUGCAUUACCUCGAAGGACCAGCCUGCAAUCUUUCAAUUAGUGGCUGAAGAGUCCACAGUGUGGAUUUCAGCACUGCCACCUUGGAAAGGCCCCCAUAGGGAACAGACAUUCAGUCAUCUAUCUGACCAGAUUCGAGAUGUGAUAGAGGAGGUUAUAGAAAAAUACUGUUAUGGCCACAGUCUCAAAGUUGAUCAGCGGGAGGAUGAUGGUAGCUUCAUUCUGAGUCCUCAGUCUAUGAGUGAAUCCAAAGGCAGUGAAGAAUGGGACAAUGCAAUACAGAUGGCUCUGGGAAAGGAAAAGGGUGAAGAAAAAAAUUUAGCUGAGUUACUGGAAGUGCAUAUAAACCUUGAAGACCAAGGAUACCAGACUCAGCUGGACACAGCCCUAAACACUGUCGGAACACCUGAGGAAAACAAGGAUAGUUCUGCUGAUAAGGUGUUUCCCGAUCUUCCCCACAUACCGCAGUCUUUUGUUGGCAAAACAUUGACACAGGUGAUGUUUGAAGAUGACAUGAAGAUAGACUCCAUAGUGAAAGAGUUCCAACAAGGCCAGUUCCGUUGCUAUUUUGACAGUGAAUCAUUAGCUAGGUUUGGGAAGCACAGUAAGAAAAGGAGAAAGAAAAAGAAUCAGGACAAAAAAGAGAUGGCAGAUAAUGCUGGGUGGGAGCCUACAGACAUCUUGCCACUCAUGGAUCACAAUGAAGAAGACCCCAAACAAUCUGCUAUUUUGUUGAAGAAAUCUAGGCAUAAAAUUUACAGACUUGCAUCACGUUGCCAAGUGGUAAAGGUAAGCCACAGUACACAGACCAUCCCUCUUAGUUGUCCUGUGGUGCGGCGAAAAUCGACACAAGAAACAUUCCCCUCCACACACAGUGAAGAGCCCCAGCAAUGCCCUAGCCCUGAAAGGACCCCUGACAUGAAGACCAGACUCUGUGCUUUGAAGCUUCCAGCUUCUUACUUCAAGAUAAUGAGUCCACUACAGCCCAAAACUGUGGUCUUUGUGCUUUCUUCCCCAGAUGGGGGUCAAAGAUUCUCCAAGCCCACCCCCAUUAAAAAAGCAGGGAGGAAACGGAAGUCAUGUGAUAGCGAUGUUGGCCUGAAGUACAAAUACAAAAAGACACCUCUUAAGUUCUACGACCCUUUGACCAAUAGGAUCUUAAAGAGUCCACCAAAAGGCAUGUCUUUAUCCUGUAAUUCCAAAUCUCUUUCACACGUCCGACAGCUAUUCCGUAGCCUUAGCCCGGAUAUUAAUAAGGAGAGGCAGGGCCUGGAGCAGGGGCACUCAUCAGGAGGUUCUCGGAAGACUCGUGGUAGGAGCAGCAUGGUUGAUGUAUGUACCUCCGCCUCAGACUCUAUUCUGGAUAGCGGUGGCCCCUCAGAACCUGGUUCUUCUUUGUCUAGCAGCCGAAGAGCCUUAUUCUCCCGCUCCUCUAUCUCAAGUAGCAGUUGUUUCCUCCUCGGACAUCUUACGCCAUCAACCCAUGUGGAUGAUUCUUCCAAAGCACUUUCUCACUCAGGCAGUUCCUAUAAGGUUGGAGGACUGGAACAAGAGGAACACCGCCAGCAAACACCAGUUGCCCAAACACCAAUCAGACGCAGCUCACGGAGGGCUGGACCUUUGACUCCAGCCAAGAGACCACCAGUACCCCCAUACAGGACCAGGAGGAAAUCACCCAAACCACAUCGCAAAGCAAAAUCACAAGGCAAUCUCCAGCAAACUGUUAGCUCCCGUAUAUCUUCAGAAUGUAGGACAUCUCCUAGAAACAAGAGCCCUGCUAGGGCCUCACUUAGAUCAUCGGCUUCCUCUAAACUGGCAGUUCAGCCGGUUAUUACAUCCUCUUCUAAACAAAUAAAUAGAAUGUUCAGUGCCAGUCAGCAGAAGAGAGUGAGGGGGAGGACCGCCGCUGUGCAUAUAGCAGACUGAACGUUAUCAGACACCAGCCAUGAGCAUAAGCUGUCUUCUGUUCUUCAAAUGCUGUAUACACACGUGGUCAGAAUUGUUGGUACCCUUGGUAAAUAUGAUCAAAGAAGGCUGUGGAAAUAAAUCUGCAUUGUUAAUCCUUUUGAUCUAUUAUUUAAAAAAUUCACAAAAAUCAAACCUUUCAUUGGAGAAUAAGAAUUUAAAAUAUCAUUAUGAAAUAAAUUUUCUCUAAUACACAUUAGACACAAUUAACAGUACCUUUUUAUUCAAUACUUUUUGAAACCUCAAUUUGCCAAAAUAGUAUAGGAGUUUUCUCCUAUAAUGCCUGAUGAGGUUAGAGAACACCUGACAAGAGAUCAGAGACCAUUCCUUCAUCCAGAAUAACUCCAGACCCUUCAGAUUCCCAGCUCCAUGAUGGUGCUUCUCCUCUUCAGUUCACCACACUCAUUUUCUAUAGGGUGCAGGUUAGGGAACUUAAAUGGCCAUAGCUGAAGCUUGGUUUUGUGCCCAGUGACCCAUUCUUGUUUUGGGUCCCUUUUGUGUUGAAGGACCUUCAGCAGAAUUAUAGACCCACAACAUUAAAAAUACAGCAGUAUGUUUCAUUGUACACAAGGGGAACUUUUUAUCCUAGUGUUUAGUUAGAUUGUUUUUUGAGAUUGUUUUUUGGUGAAAGCAUUUUCCUUUAUUGAUUUUUUUUUUUCUUGAAGCCCUCCGAAACAGCAUGUGGUGAUGUAGGUGCUGUUUGAUCAUUUUUUUUUUAAGGUUUUCUGACCCCGAAACUUAACCUUUUUCUGCAAUUCUCCAGAG